AUGUGGAGCAGAUGGACUUUGCGUCGCAAAAGAUUGAAAGUGUUGAGCGAUUUAUGUCAUGAAAGAGAUUCAACUUUAUUGCAAAAGUUCUACGGUGUUAUACACUCUCAACAAUACGAAAAUGGUACAACCAUUAGCACCAACAAUGAAGUAGAAGAGCAUAUAAAUGAUGAUAAUGACAGCACUGGUUCUCCCACCACAGGGAUUGAAACAAGAGAAUGGUAUUCAGAGCAAAAUCAGUUGCCAACUGAAGAAGUUAUUGAAGAAACUAUAUUAAAUCAAGAGAGUUCACUUGUCACCGAAUCUCUAACAACAAAAAAAGCAAUAUCGAAAAUCGACAUUGCAAUUGCUCUCAUCAUUCUGAAAUCAAGACAUAAAUUGUCGCAGAAAGCUAUAGACGACUUUUGUUUAAUGUUACACGUGUUAAAAGUUCAGCUUUGUCCAAGAAGCUAUCGUGCUGCCAAACGUCUUGUUGAACGCAGAUCGAUUGCGAAUUUACUGGUAAAGCAGAAAUCUCUAUGUCCACAAUGUGGAAAAUCUUCCUCUUCGAUUACUAAUUGCGAUGAUGGCACUUGUUCCUUAAAUGAAGGUUAUAUUGAGAAACCUCUAACUUAUUUACAAUUUCCUAUCGAACAACAAAUUAGAGAAAUAUUAUUAACUGAAAAAAAGAUUACAUUUCCUUCACUCCAUUUAACUCCCCACGACGAUGACAAACAGAAUUUCACUUGUUCUUCCGAUUCAGGGAUUGAAACAAGAUCCAACGGAACCACACCACUAGAUUUUAUUAAAGAUAUAACGGACGGCCGAUGUUAUCGACAGAUCUUACGCGAAGAAACUGGACCAUUUAUUUCUCUUAUUAUGAACGGUGAUGGAGUACAAGUAUCAAACAGUUCAAAUAAUUCUUUGUGGAUUUUUACACUUAUAAUCAAUGAAAUUAAUCGCUCUUUCAGAUUCAAGAUGAAGAAUGUUAUUGUGGCAGCAAUAUGGUCAGGCAAAAGGAAGCCUAAUAAACAGCAAAUUGCUGAAGUUAUCAAAUCUAUCACAGUUCAGCUGCAAGCACUAGAAUGUACAAAUGAAUAUACUCUUCAUAACGGUGAUAGUAUACAAUUGAAAACAUUUUUAUUGGGAGUUUCCUGUGAUAAACCGGCACAAUCUUUAAUACAGAACUUAACGGAAUAUAAUGGUGCAUUUGGAUGUGGGAAAUGUCAUUUACAAGGGGAGUUAGUGCUGAGUGGUGCCAAUGAAUAUCAUACAAUUCGUGUCUUUCCUUUGCCAUCACCACCUGAACUUCAGCCAGAAUUACGCACCAAUGUGACAUACGAUGCUAUUAUGCAAAUCAUUGAAGAACAAGAACAAUGUUUAGAUAAAAAAACUAGUGAAGAAAAAGCGCAGGAUGCAGUUGCCAGACACGGUCAUCUUGGCCUCUUUGCAUUGAGAAAUUUAAAAUAUAUGGAUUUCGGAAAGUCAAUUUUGUUUGAUUCUCUCCACAACUUGUACCACGGUGUAUUUGAACGGCAGCUCGGUUUGUGGUUUAAUCCGGAAUAUCGUAAUGAAGAAUGGUCUAGUCGUUCUCAGAUCAAUAAAAUCACCGAAAAUCUUGAAAAAUAUCGUUAUCCUUCAACAACGGCUCGUGCUCCUCGUACUUUCUUAGAUUAUCAUCGGUUUAAAGCUAAUGAACAACGAAUGGUGUUACUUUUUGGCUUCCUCUCUUUUAAAAAUGUAUUGAAAAAACCUUACUACGAUCAUCUACUUUUGCUCGUCGUCGCUGCUCACAUUGCAGAAUCAAAACAUCUGAUUGAAAACCAAAUAGAUGAAGUUCAUCUUUUACUACGUGAAUUCCUCGAUCUGUUCCCUCAUCUCUACUCUACAAGACAUAAUGUUCAAAAUAUUCAUACGCUGCAUCAUCUACAUCAAUCAAUAGCUGAUUAUGGUCAAUUGUCAAAUUAUUCAACCUUCAACUUCGAAGGAGUAUUAGGUAAGAAAUGUGUGUUUUUACGAUAG